AUGAGAAGGGAAUUGUUCCUUCGGAUAGUGGAUGAGGUCACCGCCAAGAAUAGCUUAUUCAAACAGAGGAGAAAUGCUAUUGGUCAGUUAGGAUUCUCUGCUCUUCACAAGUGCACGGUGCCUCUAAACAUGCUAGCAUAUGGAGGCCCAGCUGAUGAGUUGGAUGCUCAUUUGAAAAUGGGAGAGAGUACUGUCCUGGAGACCCUGAAGGAAUUUGUUAUGACGGUGAGCAAGGUGUUCGGCAAAGAAUAUCUUCGUCCUCCCAGAAGUGAGGAGAUAGAGCACAUAUUAAGCAUUAAUUUGGCUAGAGGUUUCCCAGGAAUGAUAGAUAGCAUCGAUUACAUGCAUUGGGAAUGGUCUAACGGCCCGACUGGUUGGCAAGGCAUGUACAGAUGGCAUAAAGGCAAGCCAACUCUAAUACUUGAGGCGGUGGCAACACAGGAUCUUCGGAUUUGGCAUGCUUACUUUAGUUUACUAGGGUCUCACAAUGACAUCAAUGUUUUGCAUCGUUCCAAUGUUUUUGAUGACUGGGCAAACGGGAGGGCACCCUCUGUUGAGUUCCAUGUCAAUGACAACAUAUAUUCCCUUGGAUACUACCUAGCAGAUGGCAUCUAUCCCGAUUGGGCUACAGUAGUGAAAAGCAUUCCUUUGCCAGUUAGCAACAAGCAAAAGGUAUUUUUAGAGCAACAAGAGUCAUGUCGAAAGGAUGUGGAGAGAGCUUUUGGUGUCCUACAGGCUAAGUGGAAAAUCUUGCACCAGCCAGCUCGUUUAUGGAAUCAACAAGUACUUAAUUCAAUAAUGCGUGCAUGUGUCAUACUUCACAACAUGGUAGUUGAAGAUGAGCGCAGGGUUCAGCUACCUAAUGUCCACCCAUCAGAAUGGCCUGGAGUGGCUGACCCACCAAUUAACCAGGCUACAGAAAUCCCAGGAAUUGAGAAACUUAUUGAUGCUCAAAACAUCAUUCAGGAUAGAGAGAUGGCAGCUCAGCUUCAAAAUGACCUGAUGGAGCACAUGUGGAUGCUAUACGGCCAAUGCUCUGGUCCUUUUGGUCCUAAUAACAGGCACUAA